ACAAGAGCAAGCUGUAUUUGGAAGAGCUGGUGUAUAUAUAUCAACAAUGAAUGAAUGUGGCCAGGGGUCCAGUGAAAAUGCUACAAAAUGUGGCACCCAAGUUAUAGAUAUUCAGUGCUACCUGGUUCUAAACAGCACCUCUCAGAAAAUCUUCAUUGCAGUGCUCUGUAUAGGAGUGGGGACUUUGUGCAUUCUGGAGAACACUGUCAUUCUCUGCAUGAUAUGGACCUCGUCACAUCUCAAGAGAAAACCCUCAUACAUUUUCCUCAUGAGUUUGGCUCUAGCUGACCUCCUUGCGAGUAUGGUCUUUUCCUACAGCUUUGUGGAUUUCCACGUCUUCCAUGGAGUAGGUACACAUGCCGCCUUCUUGUUCAAACUUGGUGGAGUCACUGCAUCAUUCACAGCCUCCCUUGGAAGUUUACUACUUAUGGCUUUUGACAGAUAUGUCUCUAUUCACAAACCAUCUACGUAUAAAGCAAAAGUGACCAGAAAAAGGGCAUUGCUGGCUUUGGCUGGUAUGUGGCUAAUCAUCAUGUUCAUUGCAUAUUUACCUCUUAUGGGUUGGAAUUGUUGUCAACUUGAAACCUCCUGCUCUGAACUUUUCCCUUUAAUAAGCAACAAUUAUUUGUCAAGCUGGAUUAUUCUUGUGGUUGUUCUUCUCACUUUAAUAAUCUAUUCCUAUGCACACAUCCUUUGGAAAGCGCACAAGCAUGCUGUUUAUAUGAAGCAACACAACAUGCAGUCUGUACGAGGUCAGGCUCGGCUGAGGUUGGACAUCAUGCUUGCAAAAACAUUAGCUUUAGUUUUACUUGUCCUAGUCAUUUGCUGGUCACCUGUUCUUAUUCUUAUGAUGCACAGCUUGUUAUUUUCUCUAGACAAAUCUAUUAAGACCAUGUUUGCCUUCUGUAGUACUCUUUGCUUGGUCAACUCUAUGGUGAAUCCCAUGAUUUAUGCCUGGAGAAGCAGAGAAUUACAUUGUAAAUUAAUCAAGGGAUUCCAAAGCAUUAAGAGGCUGCUAAGCUUCACGGGGACUGAUCUGGACUUAGAAGGAGCCCAAAAGAACUCUGGAUUUGACACUGUUGGCGAAGAAACUGUUUGUGAUACUGAAAUUAGUUAAUAGAAGGACCAAAUAGCAAAUCUGAAUGGACCAGAGAGGUCUUUUGUAUUCAACUAUACUGGGUUCAUUGUUGCACUAGAUGUUGCAGAACAACACUAUCCAGCAUUACUCCAUAUGUGUAUCUACUACAGGCAUGCUGGUCAUCACCUGGAGCAUGAAUGUUAUCUAUUUCUGAUUAAAAUCUACUUUUGAUUAAAAGUCCUAUAUGUAACUCAUAAAGAUCAAGUCAGUUCCUUACAUAAAUUCAGCUUGCCUGGUGAUUCAA